AUGUCUCGCGACAACGGAGAACAGGAAGAGGUGUCGGAGGAUACCUCCAUUUCUCAAAAGAUGCUGUCAGCCGUCUCCGGCAGCAUCCUUACCUCCCUUCUAGUGACACCGCUUGAUGUUGUCCGUGUCCGCUUACAAUCUCAACAUCACCAUACCCCAUCCUCCAACCAUGGAUCCCGCGCCAUUCCCACUCUUCAGACCCUGUACUCAAACAACGCGCAUUUCACCAACAUGCCUCCGAACCUUGGCACCGUAGCUUGCUGUCGCGAAGUCUUCUGGGUAAACAACAAUGCCCCGUAUUGCGUCGCAGGCCCUACGGCCGCUCCCACCAUUCCACCCACCAGUGCUGCUAGCUGUGCCGCAGAGGAGAGUCAACGCAGGGUGUUUACCUCGACUCUGGACGGGUUGCGCAAGAUUGCACGACAUGAAGGCGCUAGUACCUUGUGGCGCGGCCUAUCACCAACGCUCCUCAUGUCGGUGCCAGCCAACGUUAUCUACUUUGCCGGUUACGACUGGUUACGUACUUCUCCUGCUUCUCCAAUCAAAGCGAAGAUCUCCGACACCUAUUCACCCCUUGUUGCUGGAAGCAGCGCGCGUGUCAUGGCUGCUAUCGCCGUAAGUCCCAUUGAGAUGUUCCGCACACGUAUGCAGGCGACGCACGCUCAUAGUGGAGGGAGCGGUUCCCAUUUCCGCGACACAUUGAACGGGAUUCACGAAAUGGUGCGCGAGAGGGGCUACAGUAGUCUGUGGCGUGGACUGGGCUUGACACUCUGGCGCGACGUUCCAUUCUCGGCAAUCUACUGGUGGGGCUACGAGACGGGAAGGAAUGUGUUGGUGGACGAACGUGAGAAGCGGCGAGGCCGUCAGCUCGAAAGGAACAAUACCAGAGGCGCGACCAGACCAAGGAGCCGUAGCCGCAGCGAGGAGAACCACGCCGAAACGCUAGUGGAUAGCUUUAUCGCGGGCGCGACAUCCGGUGCUGUUGCGGCUUUUGUCACUACUCCGUUUGACGUUGGCAAGACUAGACAGCAAGUGCUCAAGCAUGCAAGCAACAAAGACAACGGCAACGGAUCUUUGUCUAAUGCCGGCAAGGACGUUGUGAAGGCUUUACGGCCCGAGGAGCAGAACAUGCCGAGAUUUCUGUGGCAUAUCUUCAAGGAACAGGGCCUCUCGGGCCUGUUCAGAGGAUGGUCUGCAAGGUGCUUAAAGGUCGCUCCUGCGUGUGCAAUCAUGAUCAGCACCUACGAACUGGGCAAAAAGAUGGCCGGAGAUGUUAACGACCGACGCGACAAGCGGAAGCUGUGA